AUGGACGGCAGAGACGACCGUCUGGAUCCCCUCCGCAGCUUCACGGCCAGCAGUUUCAGGCUAGACGCGGAAAGAUGGCAGGAGUUUGUAUUAGAGAAGGACAACCAAGUUAUCCUCAACAGCUUCUUCUCCACCCCGGACUACACCAACCUGUUCAUCUCCCGGUGUCGGGACUCGGAGGCAGGACUCCGCGUCGGACUCGACUUCCCUAAAAAUGUCCAAACUAAAGUCAUCUGUGUCUCCAAAACGGGCCGUGAGGUCAUCACUAAAGAUAACGCCCGGGAGAUGUUACUCAUCCAAGAAGUUCUGGGAGACGACGCCAUUAGCUUCAUCAUCGCUGUCUCCGAGGAGGUGGGGUGCCCGUUGCUUAGCAACCCGGAGACCAACAGCAGCUGGGCAUCCGGCGUGGCCGAGGAGGCUCUGAGGUUCAUGGAGCGCCAGAAGAACGAGGCGCUGGUGAUGAAGGCUCAGAUAGAGGGACGGACCUUCCUGCCUCACCCCGACGCUCUCCGGGACGACCAUCGCCCCGGCAACGCAGUCCACGACGACGCGGUCCAUGAGGGCGCUCCCCACGAUGAACCUCUCCGUGACAGCGCUGAAGGCUGGAAGUUGUCAGACGUGAAGCUGCUCCACGCCUGUGAUUCGACGAUCAUAGAGUGGGCGGAGCUUGUGUCAGAGUUCCUGAAGCAGGACUCGUCUCAGCCGGUUCUGGACGGACUGAAGCCGCUUCCCUCGGAGGAGUUUAACUUCUGGAAGAGCAGACUCAAGAACCUGCAGUUCAUCCAGCAGCAGCUGAGGAGCAGCAGAGCUCAGCAGGUGGCGUCCAUCGUCCAGAAGGCAGAGAGCGUCUACUGGGCCACUCUGAGAGACAUCCACAGAGACGUCCAGGAAGGUCUGAAGGAGGCUGAGGACGUGACUCUGAAUCUGGGUCCUGUGCAGGAGAAGCUGGAGCAGGUGGAGCAGAUGGAGUACCAGCAGCUGGGGGACAACAUGGCGGCUGUGAUGGAGGAAGUGUGUCUGUUGUGGAUCCGGUCUGAGUUCUACUGUAAACCCUGCAGGAUGGUAGUCCUGCUACAGGAGGUCUGCAACCUCUUCCUACAGAUGAGCAGGAAGUUCCUGUGUGGGGAGGAAGUGAUGCGUUGCCUGGUGUCAGACCCAGGCCCGGUGCUGGAUGAUGUCAGACUGGUGAUCCGGACCUUGCAGACCCUCAAAGAGGCGUACAGCCAGACCAGGAUCCAGCUGGAGGAGGAGCAGAGCUGCUGGGACUUCCCUUCACACCUGGUCUUCUUCCACCUGGACAACUUCCUGCUACAUAUGAGGUGUUUCAGUGUGAGUGUGCAGCUCUACCGGUUGGACCAGGCGGUGCUGUCGGGCGUGGGAGGCAGGAUGUGGUCUGACGUGGUUCAGGGAGUGUAUCAGGACUUCCUGUGUCAUGUGACGGUUCUGUCAAACUUCACCUGUGACCCCACUGACCCUGACGACCAGAGCUUCCAGCAGCAGCUGGCUCAGUUCCAGGCUCAGGUGUCGGACCUGGAGAGACGUCUGGUGUCCGUCCUCAGCAGAGCUUUUGAGGACUGCUGCUCCGUCUCGUCUGCAGCAAAGCUGGUGAAGAUGUUUGGGUUCAUCCUGGACCGCCCUCUGAUCCAGGAUCAGCUGCGUCCUCACCUGCUCCGCCUGGUGGAGAUGGUUCUGGAGGAGCUGGAUCAGACGGAGCGUCUGUUCCAGAGUCAGAGAGAGAAACCGGACACGUUCAGCCGGUUCCUCCCGACCGCUGCAGCCAGACACUGCUGGAGCCACAGGCUCCGACUCAGAGCUGAAGACACGCUGACACACUUCACUGCUGUUCACAACCUGUACCAGGACUCUGGUGUGGCCCAGCAGGUUCUGCAGAGGUUCCAGCAGAUUGUGGACGUCCUGCAGGAUUUCGGAGACGGCGUAAGGUCCUCCUGGAGCUCGCAGCUGGACUCAGACUGUGGAUUCAUUCUGGACCAACCUCUGCUACAACACAACCAGCAAGGCAUGCUGGGAGUCAACUGCAGCCACAAGCUGGAGGCGGUGCUGAGGCAACUCCGGUACGUGAGCAGGGAGACAGAUGUGGAGCUCCACCUGCACGCUGCUCGACUCUACACCUGCAUAGAUGACAUCACACAGAGCUACCUGAGCCUGAGUCACACCAUGUCCUGCUACCGCCAGGCGGUGAGUGAGACGCUGGAGGAGGAGAUUCCUCUGAUCCAGAACCAGCUGCAGGAGCUGAACCGGACUCUGUCGGACCUACAGAGGACCACCUGGAGCUGUGAAGGUGUACUGCAGCUGGUGGAGCAGCAGAGACACAGAGUGAUGAUCUUCCACGCCACAGUGAGCGAGGCCAGAGCCAACAUGGACGCCAUGACAGGAAUCCUACAGGGAUGGGCGGAGCUUCAGCUGCUGCAGCGGUCAGAUGACUCGCUGCUGGAGGGCGGAGCCACAGAGCAGAGCUGCAGACGAAUCAGAGACGAGGGACAGGAGCUGCUCCGGCUCACACAGGUGAACAGGCGUCUGUACGCAGCUGAAGACUCCUCCGAGUCCUGGAUCACAUAUCUGGACCACAUCGACGACAAAGUCCAGGACGGACUGUUCCAGCUGCUGCUGCGAUCGCUGCACUUCCUGUCUGACAACAUGAACCCAGAGAGCUGCAGUGCUGUGUUUCUAGCCGUCAGUCUGCAGCUGCAGGAGACAGGAAGUGUGUUUGAGCCGUCAGUGGAAGGCGGCCUCUCUGACCUCCUGAAGAGCGUCAUCUCUGACAUUUACACCGCCGCCAGUUUGCCGCCCAGGAUCUCUGUGAGUCGCCACGGCAACUACCAGGAGUCCCUGCAGCAGAAUCCGGAUCUGUCUGCGUUGGAACAGGAAGUGAUGCGUCGCCUGGGGCAGGUGCGUGAGGAGGCGGAGCUUCUGAAGGCGAGGCUGGACCGGUACUCCUUCCUGUGGCUGAGCAGCCGGGCGGCCGUGAUGAAGGAGUUCCUGAAGUACAGCCGGCAGCUGGGACCAGAGGAGCUGGAGGCUGAAGGGGCCCCGCCCACCCUGAAGGACUUCCACAGAGAGAUCGAGUCCCUCGGCAGACGGAGGACAGAUGUGACUCAGCUGGAUGAGGUGGUCGUUCUGCACAGCUGGCUGCAGGUGGACCUGCGUCCCUUCAGAGACUCGCUGCUGUCCGUCCUCCAGGACUGGAGACACAUGUACACACAGUACCUGCUGGGUGCCGUCAGCAACAGUCUGAAGCAGGUGACCCAGCGUGGCGAGGAUGAAGACUCCUCCUCUUCCUCCAGGUUCCCGCUGACUGAAACCAUCCUCCUGCUGGAAGCUGCAGGAGUCGAGCUGCCUGAACACCUGGCGGCUCAGCUGCAGUGCUGAGGACCUGAAGAGGAAACGUGAUUCCAGUGUUGACUUUAUUUAUUGAUUAUUGUUCAGAUUUGAGGAUUAAAAGUUGAGUAAAUCCUG